CUGAAAAAUCAUACUAACCAUAUAUUAAAGCUGCUAAUUACCACCGUCUACUAAUUUUUUGAACACUAGUCCCUCGUGAUAGUUUUGACGCGACUCUGUUUCUUUCAUAAAAGACUUCACGACCCCCACACCUCCACACACAGAGACACAUACAUACUCUCUCCCUUCGCUUUCAAUCUCUCUCUCUGUCUCUCUCUCAAUCUCUCUCAUCUCACUCCCACCAGAAAAAAAUGGGUUCUUGCCCGAAAACCACUUCUGGUUUUCAGCAAACCCUAUUCAUCUACGAAACCCUUUCCUCGUAAAACAGACAUAAGUAGAAACUCCAAACGAUUCAUUUUUUUCUCCUUACUUUUUUAAAUUCUCUACCUGUUCAAAAAAAAAAAAACCAAAAUGGCAGCCAUUCCAUUGGUUUUAACAUGUUUAAUCUCCAUUCUCCUGCUGACUCAUCGAGUCAACACAGAGUCACUCCAAGAGAAACAAGCACUCCUCACCUUCCUCCACCAGAUCCCCCACGAGAAUCGUCUCCAAUGGAACGAGUCAGACUCAGCCUGCAACUGGUUCGGCGUCGAAUGCAACCCCGACCGCACCUCCGUCCACUCUCUCCGUUUACCAGGUACCGGUUUAGUCGGUCAGAUCCCGUCCGGAUCCUUAGGCCAACUAUCUCAACUCCGAGUUCUCAGUCUCCGCUCCAACCGUCUCUCCGGUCAGAUCCCUCGAGAUUUUUCGAAUCUCACUCACCUCAGGAGCCUAUACCUCCAGCAUAACGAACUCUCAGGAGAGUUCCCGCCAAGUCUCACACAGUUAACCGGAUUGGUCCGUCUCGAUAUCUCUUCCAACAACUUCACUGGACAGAUUCCUUUCUCGGUUAACAACCUCACUCACUUGACUGGUCUCUUCCUCGGCAACAACAGAUUCUCUGGGAACCUCCCGAGCAUAACCGUCGGUCUAACUGACUUCAACGUCUCCCGUAACAACUUUAACGGAUCUAUUCCUUUGUCAUUGUCCCAUUUCCCAUCCGAAUCGUUCGCGGAAAACGUUAAUCUAUGCGGGGGGCCGUUGAAGCCUUGCAAAUCUUUCUUCGUCUCUCCGUCUCCUUCUCCGUCCUCGGAUACUCCGGUAUCCGACAAGAAAAAAUCUAAGCUCUCCACGGGGGCGAUUGUCGCGAUCGCCGUGGCGAGCGGAGUAGCGGGGCUACUCCUUUUAGCUCUCCUCUUGUUCCUCUGUUUGAGGAAACGAAGAGGGAGCAAAGAGGGUGGUGGAACAAAACCAGCGGAGACAAGCGUCCCUGAGAUAAUACCUACAGCGGGAGCUUCGUCUUCAAAGGAAGUUACGGGGACGUCCUCCGGAAUGGGAGGAGAGACGGAGCGGAAUAAGCUUGUGUUCACGGAAGGAGGAGUGUAUAGUUUCGAUUUGGAGGAUUUGUUGAGAGCUUCUGCGGAAGUUUUGGGGAAAGGAAGUGUAGGGACGUCUUAUAAGGCGGUGUUGGAGGAAGGUACGACGGUGGUUGUGAAGAGGUUGAAGGACGUGGCGGCCACCAAGAAAGAGUUUGAAUCUCAGAUGGAGGUUGUUGGUAGAAUUAAACACCCGAAUGUUGUUCCGUUGAGAGCUUAUUAUUACUCCAAAGAUGAGAAGCUUCUUGUGUUUGAUUUUAUGCCCAAUGGAAGCUUGUCUGCUCUUCUCCACGGGAGCCGUGGCUCGGGACGAACACCGUUAGAUUGGGAUAACCGUAUGAGAAUAGCAAUAACAGCGGCAAGAGGUUUGGCUCAUCUUCAUGUCUCAGCCAAAUUGGUGCAUGGAAAUAUUAAAGCCUCAAACAUACUCCUUCACCCAAACCAAGACACAUGCGUCUCUGACUAUGGACUUAACCAACUCUUCAGCAACUCUAGUCCACCAAACCGUUUGGCCGGUUAUCACGCUCCCGAAGUUCUCGAGACUCGGAAAGUAACUUUCAAAUCCGAUGUCUACAGUUUUGGGGUGUUACUGCUUGAACUGUUGACCGGUAAAUCACCAAACCAGGCAUCACUUGGUGAAGAAGGAAUUGAUCUACCUCGGUGGGUACUUUCCGUGGUUAGAGAGGAAUGGACCGCUGAAGUUUUCGAUGUUGAGCUGAUGCGUUACCACAACAUAGAGGAAGAGAUGGUUCAGCUUCUUCAAAUCGCAAUGGCGUGUGUUUCUACGGUUCCUGAUCAACGACCGGUGAUGCAAGAAGUGCUGAGAAUGAUUGAGGAUGUGAACAGAAGUGAAACUACGGAUGACGGGUUAAGACAAUCGUCUGAUGACCCGUCAAAAGGAUCAGAGGGUCAGACUCCUCCAGGGGAGUCAAGGACGCCGCCACGUUCUGUCACGCCUUAGUAACUGAGAAGCUGCUUUAGUUUUUGUGUGUGUUGUUCACUUUCUCCUUAAAAGAAGAUGAAGAGAAAAAUGAGAUUUAGUGUGUGAGGUCUUUGUUGGGUGGUCACGGUAAAGCAAAAGGACACGACUAUUCUGGCAUUUGGACCAAAUUCUAUAAGAUGGCAUCUCCCAUCUAUUUUUUUUCUUAUUUUUGUCAAUGCAUUCAAGAUAUUUUAGGGGUUUGUGUUAAUCUUAUUUGAAUAUUGUGUUUACAGGUUUAAAUCAAAGUUCAAUCCACACCACUUUGCACUUUAUUUGAUUUGACUAUAACUC